AUGGCUGUCUCUCGACCACCCACUAACUCAACUGCCGCCAUUCCCGAAGGCACGUUGAAGUGUUUGGAAUCGAUGUAUUUGACUGGCUUGAGGUACUCGACUAUCCACCCAGGGAUGGGUGAGUACAGGUCCUGGCGUUUGGGGAGGACGAGGAUGCCAGUUGAGAAGUUUUUGAACACGUGGGGCCCAUUCUCAAAGCCCCCAUUUUUCACCAAGUUCCCUGUAAAAAAUGGUCGACACCUCAAACUUUUAAUGGAGAAUAUAAAGUGUAACGAUUCAAUUCUCCCAUCAAUCAAACCUGUAGUUUCAAGCAUCUCCUUGAUCGCGAUCGCGUCCAAUAAGGGCCCGCACGUGGGGUCCUCCUGCGUCCCGGGAUUGUGGAACGUGACAUUGACCACGCUCGAUCGUGCCCUAAAGCUCCACGCGUACGUGUCCCCACCAUCCGUGCUGUACAACGUUUGUAUCGGGAGGUCGCUCGACAUCCCGGGAACCGACACCCUGAGCACCUCGUCCUGCGCACACGUGCGCGUGGCUCCGAAGACGGAGCCCGGCUUCAGGUCCCGCACGUACUGCGACACGGAGGCCUCGUUCCCGAGCCUCACCGCGUGGGCCCCACGCGGGAUGCUUAAGUAG